GCGUUUGUUUGUGGUUUGUUUUCUCUGUUAUAUCCCUGAAAUAUUUGACAGAUUAUUCCCGCUUGAAAUAACCAUAAUCUUAAUUUUUAUUGUUUAUCCAGUUUAUAUCUAAUAAUCCUAUUUUCAAAAUGACGAUUGGAAAGAAUAAUAAAAUGCAACAACACAUAAAUUAUCGAGUACGAGUAAUAUUACAAGACUCUCGUACUUUUAUUGGAACUUUUAAAGCAUUCGACAAACACAUGAAUUUGAUAUUAGGAGAUUGCGAGGAAUUCAGAAAGAUUAAAUCCAAAAACAGCAAAACUGCUGAUCGGGAAGAAAAACGAGCCCUUGGUUUUGUUUUACUCCGUGGUGAGAAUAUUGUGUCCCUCACUAUAGAAGGACCACCACCACCCGAAGAAGGAUUGCCACGUGUACCACUUCCUGGAGCAAUGGGUGGUCCUGGUGGUGGAAGAGCAGCUGGACGUGGAGCAGGACCUGGUGGCGCGCCACCGGGCUUACAGGGCCCAGCGAGAGGUGUCGGCGGACCCUCUCAACAACACAUGGCCCCAGGGUCUAGGGGUCAAUUAUCUGCACCGCCACAAAUGCGCGGAGGCCCUAUGAUGGGUGGUCCGCCACCUGGAAUGAUGGGUGCUCCACCAGGAAUGGGCCGCGGUGGACCUGGAGGACGAGGCCCACCAGGAAUGAGGCGUUAUUGAUGUAAAAUAAGUGAUUUAAGUUUAAUAUUUACAUUAAGUAUGUGGACUAGUUAUAAGAUAAAUAUCAGUAAAAUCUGUGACCUGCUGUUUAACUGAUGAACUCAAGUUAUUGAUACCUUAUGUGCACCAGAAUUAUUUGAGUACUCACUAUAUACAGUCUUCUAAUAUCCGCAUUAUUUGACAAUUACUGUAAACAAAGUAUUCAAUUUUCAUCAAUGAUUAUUUAGAAAGUGUGCUGAUAGCAAGGUACAAUAUUAAACAAGCACUAAUUACUAGAAUGUGAUUGAUAUGUAUUAACAUUUUGCUAUUAGAACAAUAUAACUAAUCAUUUGUAUCAUUUAUAAAAUUUAUGCAAUGUAGUAGAGAGACUUGGUGAUGAGUCUGUUAAUCUAGGAAUAAUUGUACUGAUUUAAUAUACUAUAUCUAUAAUUUUAAUUGCAUAUGCAUUGCACUCUCAUGGCAAAUUAAACAAUCCUAACAUUUAAGAAUAUUUGCUGUGUAAACAGCACCAGUUUCCUUAACCAUAGUAUUUCCAAAAUCACCUCAUUAUGUGGAUGCUAUCUAAAUUAUAAGAAUUGAUACAAACUCUAUGUAUCUAUUAUUAAAUUGCAAGGCAGAUAAUAGAUACAUAAUAGGAAGAACUAGUACUUACUAUACUAUAUAUAAUAUGUACAUGUGUUUUAAGUUAAAAACACCCAAAAAUUACCUUUUGUAACAUUGAGGUAAAAAUGCUCUGUAUUUUUAUGAAAGUGUAGUAUAAUAUAGUAUGUUAUAGUUGAUAAAGAUGAUAUGAGCAUGCACUAUUGAUGUUAAAUAUAGUUGCUAAUUUUGACUCGGGCACAGGCUGUCAUACCUUGACUCCACAUAAUGGUUGCCUUAUUACAACUUCAGUUUCUUAGGUCACAACUAAGCAUAAAUACAAUGUUGUGCCAACCAAUUUUUUUUUUAACUUGAAAUAAACCAUGUCUUUAAUUAAAACCUAUACCACCACUUUAUGCAAACAAAGAAGUGGAAUAUACUAACUAUGAACUAGGCAGACUAGUUUUUGGCUUUGUAAAUAUUUAUGUUAGACAUCCCCUGUAUGACUUCAAGUCUACAUUCUACAAGAAUUGCAUAACUACAGACAUGUGUAAUAAGAAAAAAACAAAAAAUUAUAAAAUAUUCUUACUGUUUCCUUGUGUGCAUCAGUUGGUUCAUAAGAUAUGGUAACUGAGUGUAAUUAAUAGGGGUUGUCUCUAUAUCCUAAUAAAUAACUAAAAAACUUCUAAUAUUUUCAUAAAUUUCUGAAGAAUGGUAGGCAGAGAAUGCCAAUAGCAUUAAACUAGCAUUUGUACCCAAUAAUUUAAAUAGAUUUCUAUUUAAACCAUUAUUCAGAAAUUUAUGGAGAUAUUAGAAGUUUUUUAGUUAUUUAUUAGGACAUUUAACUUUAUAUUUCUAAAAUAAAAGUAGCCUAAUUACUCCUUAUUACAUCAGCUACCAAAGAAAGUUCCGUCAAAAUUAGUCCAGCCAUCUAAGAGAUUAACCGGACAAACAUUGCCACAGACAGACAAAAAUUGUAAAAA